CGUGGCGGCGGCCCUGGUAAGUGUAAGAUUCACAGUCACAAAAGCCAGUAGAAGGCAGUUAUGAUCGGAUCAGUGACGACAACGGUAAACGAAUAAAAGAGAGCGGCUAAAAAUGUCCUUCUCCUCCUGCACUUCAUCGCUGCUCACAAUUCGACCUCUGCCGACCAAGAAAAACCCCAUAACCAAACCCACAAAAGCACGCCUUUUUGUCAAAACUAUGUCCCUGAAUCAGAACCAGAACUCCCCAAACCCCAAUCCCAACCUCUUAACUUCCAUCACUAAGCUCCUGUGGGGCCAAUCCCUCCCGCCCCAGCUCCUCAUCUCCGCCGUCCGCACCACCUGGUCCACAGCCUGGCACCUCAUGAUGUCACAGAUGGCCCCUUCCGACCCUUCCGGGAGUUACGCGCGACCCGCUUCCAAAUUCCGCAUCCACCACGCCUCCUCCAACAUUUCCCGCCAAAACCUCCACCUUUACGUUGGCCUCCCUUGCCCCUGGGCCCACCGCACCCUCAUCGUCCGGUCACUCAAGGGCCUCGAAGACUCCGUACCCGUCUCAGUUGCGUCGCCGGGCAUUGACGGAGCUUGGGAGUUCCGGGAUAGUGAUCAUCCAGUCUCGGACCGGGAUAUGCUCGUCUCAACCUCGGACAAGGCCCAAGGAUGUACAACCUUAAAACAAGUUUAUAAUUCAAGGCGCGGCGGUUAUAACGGUCGGUCCACCGUCCCAAUGCUCUGGGAUGUCAAGAAAAAAGAUGUUGUUUGUAACGAGAGUUAUGAUAUCAUCGAAUUUUUCAAUUCGGGAUUGAACGAGAUAGCAGGCAAUCCGGGAUUAGACCUUGCACCGCCUCCGUUGAGAAAAAAGAUUGAUGAAUGGAAUCAAAUUAUAUACCCCAAAGUCAACAAUGGGGCUUAUAGGUGUGGUUUUGCACAAAGUCAAGGAGCAUAUGAUACCGCAGUGAAUCAGCUGUUUAGUGCAUUGGAUAUGAUAGAUGAUCAUUUGGGUGGGUCUAGAUACUUGUGUGGAGAUGAAUUGACUCUUGCAGAUGUAUGUUUGUUUACUACAUUGAUCAGGUUUGAUCUCGUCUACAACGUUCUGUUCAAGUGCACAAAGAAGAAGCUGAUUGAGUAUCGCAACCUUCAUGGUUAUUUACGAGAUAUUUAUCAGAUUCCAAAGGUUGCAGCGACUUGUAAUUUUGUUGCUAUCAUGGAUGGCUACUACAAAACUCUCUUCCCUCUCAAUCCGGGUGGCAUUCGGCCGAUCAUACCUUCAGAUUGUGAGCAUGAAGCGCUUUCCAAACCCCACAACAGGGAAUCCCUCUCAUCGACUAGAAAUGAUGUACAGAUUUAUGCUUAACGGAGUUUACCAUGCAACACUGUGUGUACAUACCUUUGUUUGACAUGCUUGUAUAUGGGAAGUUUCAAAACUGUUAGCAUAACUUUCAGAUGUAUUUUGAAAAUAACCUAAGACUAAAUCAUUAAUCCCUGUAUGAUAGUAGGCGCCAGCAUUCUUCAUCUGGCUGUGUUGUGUCAAUACGGAUACCAUAAUGCAUUUGGUGUCCAUUCAGGAAAUGUAAACAAUUGCUUCUUUUCCUCCUUUUUUAACAGUUGGUUGCCUUCCAAAGAGACAGAUGCAUUUUGUGCU